GUUUUGCAUAAACCUUUAAAGGUUUAAGUGCAUAUUGAAAUUUCAAAAUAAAUAAAUCCUAACAAUUGUCACGAUGCUUAAAAUGCCUUAUAACAAUGUUAUAUCUAGUACAUCGUGACGACCUGCGGUCGAGUUCGUUCAUCGACUAGCCCUGGAGUAGACGGACGGGUGAACGUACACAUCCCUAGAUGGCGGACGCUGGAGACAAGUAUGAAAUAAAAGGGCUUAUCGGGCAAGGGGCUUUUGGAAAAGUCUUCCUUGUGGAAAAUGGGGCUAAAAAUAAGUUGGCGCUGAAGGUAAUUCAGCUGGUAGGGCGGCAUCCGAAGGAGAUCAUGCAGACCGUACAGGAAGUGGAGCUGCUGGCCCGCCUCCAGCACGACCACAUCCUCCAGUACGUGCAGGCCGACACAGAGGGAGGAAAACUGAUGAUCCUCACAGAGUUCUGCCCUAACGGCGAUUUGGCGGACUACAUUCGGGAGCACGCGGGGACCGUGAUGGACGAGAGACGCCUUGUCGAGUGGAUCCGUCAGAUCACUUCCGCACUCAAGUACCUGCAUGGACUUCCCCAAAAGAUCAUUCACCGGGACCUGAAGUUGGCCAACAUCUUCAUGGACGAGAAAUGGGACACAAAACUCGGCGACUUCGGUAUCGCCAGGGUACUUGAGGACUCGACUGAUUGGGCAACAACCCAGUGUGGCACACCCCUCUACAUGAGCCCGGAGGUGUUUGCUGGCAUCCCAUACUCGGACAAGACGGACAUUUACUCGCUGUCGAUCAUGAUGUACGAGAUGGCCCAUAUGGACAAGGAAAACAUACAGCCACAGAUGGUCCUUUUUAAGAUUGUUCAUCAACAGUUGCCGUCAAUGCCGACGACAUAUAGUUCGGGCGUAACGGAUCUCAUGGCGUCCAUGAUGCACAAAGAUCCUGACAAGCGACCGUCCGCGGCGGAAAUUCUCGAAAACAAAGUCUUUAAGAAGGCCCGUAAACCACCACCCAUUACAGACCGGCCGAAAACAAACGUCCUUGACGACCUUGAAGAGGAGGAUGAGAUGGACGAGGAGCUAUGGACGUUCGUGGACACCGCAACCCAGCUCAGCACUUCCGGCGGCACCGCCACCAGUACGCGGGACGCUGUCGCCGGCUCCACUGGCGCCCCAUUCCGGCCCCAACCGCGCGGCGGCGUCCCUGUACUGCCUUUAGGGACUAUCACCGCCCGCAUUACCAAAGCUCAUGAUGAUGGCGAGGUGGGCGGCGGGAAGUCGGAGGGCGAGGAUGAUUUCGCAGGCAAUCCUGUUAUGACGGUUGUGCACAGGACGCUGCUGCAUAUGGGAAAGACAGCAACAAUCAAAGGUCGUGACAAAUUGGAAAGGCAGGUGGACAUGUUAAAAAUGUACUGUAUCCAAUGUCUGGACAACGACGAUGGCCUGUUCCGGCGAGCGUGUGAGGCGCUGAACAUGAGUCACGACGAGGAGGAGAUUGAGGAGACUUUGCUGCGGGUGCUGGGCCCGGAGAAGUUCGGGUUAUGUGGGCUUCAGCUUCUCCACUACAAGAAUUUCACCUUCAAUCUCCAGAGAUAGGAAAGCCGACAUUUCCACCGGAAUGUUGUACAGUGAACAUUGUAAAGUGAUAUCGGUACACGACUACAGAGACAGCACCCUGUGAUAACACCAUUGUUACAGUAAAGAGAAGUUUUUACAAUAUUGCAUGUUCUGCUUUAUCACUACAUAUUAUAUUUGUAGAUUUGAAAAUAAAUAAAAUAAAAAAAACAUA